AUGGGCAAGGUGACCCUGGCUUUUGCGUGCAGGGCCCACACCCGCUUUGGCGAGAGCAUCCGGGUGGUGGGCGGCUGUCCCGAGCUUGGCAAUUGGAAUCCGGCCAGGGCACCAGCCCUCACCACAGAUGCUUCGGAAUAUCCCAAGUGGUUUGGGAACAUUCAAUGCCGAGCUGUGGCAACAGAAUACAAAUUCGUCAAAUUUGACGAGUUUAAAGGCAUAGCAGUGUGGGAAGAAGGGGACAACCGCUACUUUGAUGACGGAGUGGUCACCCGAAGAGGUGAAUUCGGAGAGUCCAUCACCUCAAUCUUUGGCGUGAAGGACCCUUUGUAUGUGCCGAGGCUGGCAAGCGGGAAAAUUGAUACUCCUGCAGUGCCCAUUCCGAAGACGCCCAAAAAUAAAGUAGCCACCGGAAUGGCUGGUUGCCAAGAUGAGCUGCACUUUCAAGUUGUUUGCCCUUGGACUGGCAUGGGCGACUACGUCUCCGUGGUCGGAUCGUGCCCAGAGCUCGGAAGCUGGGAUGCCAAGAAAGGCAUCAAAUUGUGCACCUCUCCCGAUCUGUUUCCAACCUGGGUCGGAGUGUUGCAUCUGCCAAGUUGCUCAUUUCGGGACGUGGAGUUCAAAGUGGUGAUUGUUCGGCUUUCUUCUGUCGACUGGGAGUCAAACCCGAACCGACGGUUGAGUUUGCCUGAGGAAGAGGGUCCAUGGGAGGCCUUCUUGAACUUCAAUUCGAACGGACUCAAGGCAUUCGGAGCCUCCACCAUUACCGUCCUAUGCCAGCAAGGAAACAAGCUGGGAGUAGCGAACCUCGGUGACUCUGGAUUCAUGGUUCUGCGCAAGGGGCACGAUGGGGUGUCUAUCGUCGUGAAGUCAGAAGAGCACGUCUACAAAUGGAAUUGCCCCUGGCAGCUGUCACGAUUUCCCAAGGGAGACCUGGUGCUCCUCUACUCGGAUGGAUUUACAGACAAUGUUUCGAUCGAGAAGAUUGUGAACUUGGUCAAUCGUUUCUUUGUUGGAGACCCAGACAGCAGUUACCAGGAGCCGGCCGGCCUGUCCGUGGCUGAGAGGCGAGCAGAUCCUGGUGAGGCCGCGGCAUUCUCCUUGGUGACCUUCACCAACUCCGAGUUCCUCGAGGCUGAUGGGAAAAGCUGGCAGGAUGGCCACCUCGCCUACACGGCCCACUUUGCCGAAGAGGCCGCGGGCCUGGAACCGGAGGUGCAGGAGCUCCUGCUGAACAGGCCAGCAGCUCUGGCCCCAUUCCUGGCGAGCCUGGGAGUCCAGACUUGUGCUGACAUCCGUCACAUGUGGUCCUCUGGGCAGGCCCUUGUGGCGGAGUUUGAGGCCUCGGAGGGCAGACUCUCGGCAGACCAGGCCUUCUCGGUUGCAGCUUUGUGGACACUCGCCUUGAGUCGUGCCACAACCCAGGGCCAUAAAGGAAUAUCGGCCAUUGUGGAAGACCGGACAUCAGUGUUCUCCAAGAACACCGCUCCACGCCCUGAACCUGGCCAACCUAGCAAGGUGGUGACCUACAGGAAGCUCAUCCAAGCGGGGGGCACACCAGAGCCACCUUCCUUUGCUCGUGCUGCUGCCACCGACCCCUAUGCCAAGGAGCAAUCUGUUAGGGUGGCCAAGAUGGAUGCGUUCUUUCAGAUGUUGAUGGAGGACGUAGUGGACGCUGCUGAGCUGGGUCUCACAGUGGACAACCUCCAGGAUGCCGGCUCCAUCCAGUCACUCAAAGAAAGCCUCAUGGCCACCCCAAACCAGUUGAGCACUGAGAGAGUGGGCUCCUUGAUGGCUGCCUUGAAGCGGUGGAAACGGUUUGCACUGCCUCGCAAGUACCCCCUCCGUGCACCUACGCCGUUGCAGGUGGCUGAGUUUCUACGCGAUGUGAGCCGAGGUGGCCCCACGGCAGCUGCAAGCGUGUGGCAAGCUUUGAAGUGGUUCAAGGAGAAGAUGGGGAUGCAGAUUCCUUGUGACCACUUCCUGGUCCUGCCCUACAAGAACUUCCCUACAGCAUAUUCCUCGUCACAGGCCGUCGAGCUUCAGCCGUGGGAACUGGUCAACCUGAUUCUGUUCGCUCGAAAACAGCGAGGCACGAACUUGGUGCUGAUUUGCUUCCUCCUACAGUGCAGCGUGUCUUGCAUCAGGUUUGAACACUUCCAGCGUAGCCGGCUGGUCUCCCACCAGGCUGAAUGGGCUCGUUUUUGGUGCCGCCAAGGUAAACGCCGAGUGCGAGGAGCCCGACCAGGAUAUGAAUGGGCCACCCCUGAACUGGCAUGGCAAGGGUUCUCCCUGCUGAAGGUGCUGGCCGAGUUCUUCAAGCAUGAGUGCCUCACCAAUGCGGGCUUCUUAUGGCCACAGGUUCAAUUGGACCCUCAGGAUCUCUGGGAGAUUCAUGAAGGGAGCCCAUUCAAUGUGGCCAAGCCCAUGUCUAGGCAGCGAUUCCUGGAAAUCUUGCGAGGAGCCCUGCACCAAAUAGGGGUACCUAUGGAAGAAGCCACCACGGCGACCUUCAACAAGCUCAGGAGGUUCAUGCCAACUCUGGCAAAUGUGCUGCGAUUGGAUGCCCCAGAACUCCAAGCAGUGGGCUCUUGGAUAGAGAUACCGGCUGCAGGUGGACCCUCACCUACCACCAAGUCCCGAGCCACUUGGAUCAUGGGUAGGCACUAUGCUGGCGGGCAAACUGAAAGGUCUGCAGCGGUCAAGAGGGCCAUACUGCAAAGGUUCUGGAAGCUCUUCCACAUGAAACAAGGGGAGAUUGCUAUGACGGACCAGCAUCUGCUUCCCCGGGGGUCUUGGACCUGGCCGGAGCUGGCAGUGGCUAAUGACCGCUUGGGGCCGCUGGAAAUCGCCCCUCUACCUGUCCCAGAAGGAGCAAUCCAGGUCGACAACCCUGAUGAGCUGGCAGCCAUGGAGCUCCCUGCAGACCAGGACAACCCGGCCCAGCAGGCUGUGGAGGAGAGGCCGGAACCCAUCCACUCAGACGCCUCCAGUUCCACGACGUCCACAUCGGCCAGUGACAUGAGUGCUGCAGGCUCCGACAUGGAAGGAGUGGUGGUUGUGGACGCCGCUAUGGACCAGACCAGUUGGAUCCAGCAGGGAAGCAAGACCCACGUGGUCAAAUCUUUGGACACCGACUCCAGACCGGUGCCAUGGUGCCGCAACUUCGCCUUCCAACAAGAUCCAAAGCGAGCCGGCCAAGGUUUUGGAACUACAGCCAGGCAGAUUUUCUGCCAGCGUUGCCUUGCACGGAUGCCGAGGGCCAUCUACGGCACUGUGGCUGCCCAAUGUGGCUGGCUGAUCUGA